AUACUCUAAUUGCAUUUAAAUCAAGAACAUCAAAUCACUUAUCCAUUCUGGGAGCCUUUGGUGCCAUGAAAGGGGUGAAAUCCAAAGGACUGCCACUGUCGCGAAUUGGUGCCACAGGUUUGAAGCUGAAACCUGAAAUUGUCAAUGUCGGGCUGUUUUCUUCUACCAGGGGCCCCCAUUGUCUGGGUGUUGCUCCUCCGUGGAGUAAAAUUGCCUGGUUGCAUUUGGACGUUCAAGUGCAUCUGGCUACUAGGUUGGCGCCGAGGCAAGAGGUCAUUCAUGGUUUUCGGAGUGAUCGAGUACACAUUUCUGUCAUCGGAAGACUCGGGAAGAUAAUUCACUUGAUUGUUGGAAGAGUGAAGAUUGGCCUUUCGAAUUGCAUUGCAAGCGCUCUGAAAAUUUUAAUUCUGAAUUUAGAAUGACGGUAAUAAUUAUUGAAAAUAAUCACACAUGCAGCUUUUGGUUCUCGCGAUUUUUCUCUGCCAUCUUCUGCGCAGAUUCCUCAAGCUUGUUCAGCAAAUUCAUUUUUUCCCUCUCCAAUUCUGGAAGGUAUUUAAACAAUAGUUGUAAAUUUAUAGCCAUUAUAAUUUUAAAUGUUAACCUUCAACUUUUUUCUUCAGCAAACAAACUUCUUGCUGGAUUUUGGCCACCAGUAUUUCAUAAGAGCUCUCUAACUUGCUCAACUUUUCUUUGUAACUCUUAAUCACACUUUCUUGAUACUUCUUGGUCAGGUUAUUCUGGUACGUCCAGAACGAAAACGACCUAUUUACAAUGUCCAUCACGAUUUCAGGACUCAAACCGGUGAGCACCAUCUGCAAAAUGCAAAAAUUAUUAUUUGAAAAAUUCAUAAAAAGAAAAAUCAAAUUUUGAACCGAUUUGAAAUGCUCGGACGGAUUCAGGUCGGCCUUGACAAUGUCCGAGGAGUGGUUGAGAGGUGUCCCGCAAACCGGACAUUUUGCAUUAGGGCUGUUUCGUAACUCUUUGAUGCCAUCCUCUUGGCAAAAGACGUGGGAACAGCUUGUUACCCAGGCAGUCUUCUUCAAAGGCUUAAGGCACGACUUCGAGUUGCAGAUCAAAUCGCUGUCAGCCAUGGCGAGAGUAGAGUGGAGUAUACCUUGCGAAUAACGAUAACACCCGCCUCUGUGCAAUGAAUUAUUUUCUAGUUGUCAGGAAAAACUGAAAUCACAGUGUUACAUUUAACAAUGGAAAAAAAUUUAGAAGCAAAAAACAACACCUAAAAAAAUCAUUAAAGUCAGACCGUUUAUGGGCAAGAAUGUUCAAAAAAAAUUCUUACAUUUAUUUUGUAUAUUUUGUUUUACGUAAUUUGCCGAAUGUAUGUAAAUCAGAUGAAGAAGAUGCAUGGCAGUUUCCUUAAGUCUUAUGUCUUAUUGCCUAAAGUUGAUUACACGAGGCACUCGUUUUGUGUUUUCAAAAUUCUUUUAUUGACUCGCCAUGCUGUCGAAUCCAAUCGGAAUGUAGAUUCAAGGGGGCGUGGCACGCUUCGUUUGUUUUGUUGUUUACAAUUUACAAAAGUUUUCUUCCCGCUUCGCGAAAUAUUCGGGAAAAAGACUUUUCGUGUUUAUUUUCGGGAAUAUUUCUUAGCCGUGCUUCCCGUCAUAAACGAUUUGUAAACAAUUCUUCUCAAGACACGUAUGGGAGAGAGCAGGGAAAGAGCAAAAAAAGCUAAAUUUAAUGAGCAUGAGCACUCAGGAAGCCGAGCCACCCACCAAGAAACUAAAAACAUUCAAGUCGCCUGGAUCGCCAAGACGCGAUAAUAAAUCUAUUUGGGAACUGGCGAACAGCAAGAAACGAUGUUUCAUCUGUACCAAACUCCUCGUUGGCAACCCCAGCUUCUUGCAGAAAGCCCUGACAAAGCAUUCCAACAUAUCGUUUGCCACUUGCUUGAGAACAAUCGCCGAUAACAAAUUUCCUCUGAAGAUUGAGCGAGACGACAGAUGUUGCAGCAGCUGCGCGUCGCUUCUCCAGAAAAGGGCUUCCCUGCUGAGGGAUCUAGAUGUGGUGAAUAACACUCUGUUUGCUCAUUUGAAGGCAAGCAGCGCUGUCCGUGCUCUUUGGGAUCGCAAAAAUAAUUCAUCCAAUGAUGACGGCAGCAUUGAAAUUGAGUCGGUGAGCAUUUCGCCAGUGAACGAUGACUCGAAAGUCUCUAAGAAUGCAGCCGAACCUCCUAGCCAAGUGAUCUACCAAUGUGGCUCUUGCAAAAAGUUGUUCUAUGACAUCAAAGAACUCAGCGGGCACAACUGCCUUGGCAAGAAGGCAGCAACUUUCACUGUUCCUUCGUCAAUGAAUACCGUGCGGAGUUACCCUUGUGUCAAGUGCAACGCCACCUUCACCACUGUACUGGCGCUUUCCUCCCACGCCAAAACACACGAGUCGCCGGCCAAAUUGGAAAAGUUUUCCUACUCCGAGUGCAAAAAAUGCAAACUCUUCUUCCCAAACCAGGAGCGGCUGAAGGAGCACAAGGAAACGCACAACAAGUUCCAGUGUUCCAGCUGCAAAAAUCAGUUCAAGGACAGAGAGGCCUUCGACAAACAUAUCUCUCUGCUGGCCAAACUGCAGCCUGACUUUUGUAUUACCUGCAACAAAAUUUUUGACUCCAAAGAAUUGCUCACUUCCCACCUGCUUGAAACUCAUGGCGAAAGCAACCCUUCUUCCUCGGAACACAUGGCCCUUAGAGUGGUUUACGCCUGUACCUGCUGCAACAGUGAGCUCCCGGAUGCCAAAAAUAUGAAAGAACACAAAUUAGUCCACAAAGCCAUCAGCCUGGAGGACUUAAAGGAGGAAAUCGAAUACAUCCAGUUGGACAAUGACGAAGAACCACAGUGUGACGCUCCCUUGGAAAUGGAGGAAGCGAAGCCAACCCCGUUCAUAGCAACCAGCCUAGACCAUAGCUACUCCAUGGACCUACCUGAACCUCAGGUUGAAUCUUUGGAUGCUGGUGAUGAAUGCCAGACCGAAGAUGAGCCUCAAGAGAAAGAAUCUGAAAAAGUGGUAGAGGAAAAAGUUGAGGAAAAGCAGAUUAAGCCGUGUAUUUAUGAAUGUGGAAUGUGCGACGUCAGGGCGAACAGCAUUCAAAACCUACUUGAGCAUUUCCAAAUGCACAAAGACCAGCCAAUCAGCUGCAAACACUGCAAAAUCAAAAUGCCCACAAUCUCCGCUUUGUCCAAACAUCUGCAGUACCACGUCAAAUCUGGACAAGGAAUAGAAUGUUUGAUUUGUCGGGCGCCGUUGACGUCCAAGGACCACUUGAUGAAGCACAUGCAUGACGUGCACAAACUGAAGCAGCAGUGCAUGUACUGUGGAGAGCAGUUCCAAUACACCACCGAGGUCUCGACCCACAAAAAUUUGCACCCCGAGUCGCGCCAUUACAUGUGCCUUUUCUGCGAUGAACGAUUCGCUACCAUGGUGCAGCUGGACAAGCACCAGAACCUGCUGCACCGCGACCCAAAAUGCAACGUCUGCGGCAAGGAAAUACUAGACCGCAGGAAGCUCCGAGAGCACGAAUUGCGGCACCAUAAAGAGCUCAAUCCGUGCACUCUGUGUGAACGAAUAUUCAAAACUUCAAGCGGUCUGAAGAACCACAUGGCCACGCACACUGGCGAGUACAAGUACAUUUGUGACAUCUGCAAGAAGGGUUUCUGCAGCAGGAACAUCUUCAGGGAGCAUGUCAACAACCACCUCGAAUAUCCAGAGAUGCUCUACAAGUGCAGAUAUUGUGAUAAGCAAUUUUCUUAUCAAGGCUCAUGGUGGAUUCAUGAGAAGUGGCACAAAAACCCCUUCCCUUACCAGUGCAAGUUGUGUGGCAAGCGUCUCAGACAUUCUUCAAUACUGGCGACUCAUAUGAGAAAACACCGAGGAGAAAAACCUUACAAGUGUCCUCAUUGCAACUUGUCAGUCACGAGCGCCAGCACCAUCAAGCGCCACAUAAUGCUGCACACUGGCAAGUACGACUACAACUGCCUGGAAUGCAAUAAAGGCUUCACUACCAAGCAGAAGUAUCACCAGCACAGAUACGUUGUCCACGGCAUCAGCAUACCCAUCAAGAGGAAAAUGCCGUACAAGAUCAGCCUAGGCAUUCCAAACCAGCCAGGUAACAGUUACGACAACGAAACUUUGGUCGAUGACGAUGCGGAACUUCAUUACAUCAUUGAAGACUUGGAGGGUGCUGGUGAAGUUGUUCUUCAAAAUGUGCUUGAAAUUGAAGCUGAUGAACAGCAACAGGCUGUUGCUGCUCUAACGUUACUAGAAGAAAACUCAUCGUGGACUGACGGGAGAUAAAUUAAGGGGAGAAAUUGCAUAUUUCAUGCCGUUAUCCCCACAAAUAUGUCAAAAUAAGUAAUAUCUUUUUUGAUUUUACUCAAUAAAUUUAUAUCGGAUGAAAACGUCAACUUAUUUAUUUUC